AUGCGCAAAGUCCUCAUAAUCGACGGCGCCCACCUUAAAAGAAAGUACACAGGCUGCCUGCUCACCGCGAGUUGUCAAGACGGAAACUAUCAGCUUUACCCAGUGGCUUUUGGGAUAGUGGAUGGAGAUAACGACAAGGCAUGGAGUUGGUUUUUCCGGAAGUUGCAGGAAGUGGUGCCGGACAGCCAUGAUCUCGUUUUUGUGUCUGACCGGCAUAACUCGAUCUUUGCCGGCCUGCGAAAGGUGUAUCCAAUGGCACAGCACUGUGCGUGUGUUGUGCAUCUCCAGCGUAACGUCCAGUCGAUCUUCAAGAAGAAGCAUCUCAGCUAUUUGGUGUCUCAAGCUGCGAGAGCUUACCUACCUUCCCAAUUCUAUGAACUAUUUGACCAAAUUCGAGCUGUGGACUCAGGUUGUGCUGACUAUUUGACAGCUAUUGGAUUCGAACAUUGGACGAGGGCUCACUUCAACGGUCUCCGGUACAACAUCAUGACUAGCAAUGUAGCUGAAUCCCUCAACAAUGUGCUCGCAGCUGCACGGGAUUACCCAAUUGUGCCAUUGAUCGAGUACAUUAGGGCAACUCUGAUGGGUUGGUUUAACACUCGUCGUACCCUCGCUUCGGAGACAAGUAACACGCUAACCCCAAAGGUAGAGGAGAUCCUAGCUACUAACUUUGAACUGUCAACAGGGUUUUCGUUCCGUCGGAUAAAUCAAGAUGAAUUCGAGGUCCGGACCAAAGAGGGUGUUCCUUUCCUGGUUAACCUGGAGACGCAGGCAUGUAGCUGUCAUGAAUUCCAGAUGUUGAUCCCUUGCUGCCAUGCUAUAGUCGCAGCAUUGAGAUCUGAGACAAGGGUUGACUCAUUGGUUGGAAUUGAAUACACCACAGCUUUUUGGAACAAGGCCUACGAGUGCAGCAUCUACCCCGUAACAAUGUCUGUGCCAACUCUUCCCGUAGGCGACGACUUCUCAUCUCUUAACCUGAAGCCACCUAACACCCGCCGCCCGCCUGGGAGGCCUCGCAAAACGCGCAUCCGCUCUCGUGGACAAUUUGGGGGGGGAUUACCGAGGCGUUUAAACAUCUGUGGUCGAUGUGGUAGCUUCGACCAUAACCGCGCCUCUUGUAAGAUGCCGAUAUAG